GGAAUCCCAUCUAAUGAGCAUUUCCCCCUCUUUAUAUACUUCCUCUCAGUUCCUCUUUAUUAUCAUUGAUCCAUAUCACUUGCAAUUUCUCCGAGGAUGAAGUUUUUACCCCUACUCAUCGUUGUUGUAUUGGUGGCAACACAUGCUGCUUCACCUCCCGAACUUUAUUGGAAGUCCAUGCUUCCCGCCACUUCCAUGCCGAAAUUCAUCACAGAGCUCCUCCACCCAGCAGUUAUUGUUGGCAAGGCAGGAGGUGACACAACCAUACAUGUUAGGCAUAACAUCACUUUUGGUAAUCAAAAUUACGCUUAUGCUGCUGUCUCCGACACCGAAUUCAAUAAUAUCCCAAACACAACUCUCUUCUUCUUGGAAAAGGACAUGAAGCCUGGUCACAGAAUGAACUUUCAAUUCAUGCAGACCUCCAACCAGUCCUUCUUCCUGCCUCGUGAAGUCGUGAAAUCUGUUUCUUUUUCUUCAGGCAACCAGAUGGCUCAGAUACUGAAAGAGUUUGAUGUGAAAGCUGGGUCAACAGAAGCCAAGGUUUUGAAGGAAACGGUAGAAUUGUGUGAGAAGCCAGGUGUUAAAGGAGAGGAGAAGUAUUGUGCGACGUCUUUGGAAUCCAUGGUUGAUUUUAUCACUUUGAAGCUUGGGAAGAACGUGGAAGCUUUUUCUACGGAGGUGAACAAGGGCACAAAGAAGCAAGAAUACACAAUAAAGCAAGGAGUGAAGAAGGUAGGAGAGGCAAAAGUGGUAGUGUGCCACAAGCUAAACUACAUCUGUGCCUUGUUUUAUUGUCACAAAACAGAGACCACAAUUGCGUAUACGGUGCCUUUGGUCGGGGCUGACGGGACUAAAGUGAAAGCACUGUCUCUCUGUCACACAGACACAUCAGGGUGGAACCCUAAGCAUUUGGCCUUCCAAGUGCUAAAAGUGAAGCCGGGGAGUGUUCCUGUGUGUCACUUCCUUUCUCAAGACAACGUUGUGUGGGUUCUCUGCCAUAAGUAAUUCAAUGAUCUUGCUAGAAAGAAAUGAAUAGAGUAGUGGCUAAGAACUCUUAUGUCCCUCCUCACUAUAAGAUAUCUUUAUGCCCAUAACAUAUAAUAGCUCUAUGCAUAUAUAUUUGCACA